UGCAGCGUCCAGAGAGGAUACGCCGAGGACUUCUUCUUUUUUUUUUCUUUUUGUUUAAAGCGUCCUUAUUGAUGUGAUUCCGGUCCGAAAUGCCGUGACUGCUCGCGUUGCUCAGCGUGCGCAGUGCUGGGACUAUUCCGCCCCCUCGCCCCAACCCCGCGGGGUAUUUGGUACUCACUGCUUCCAGCUUUGCCUUGCGUUUUGGUUUGUUUAUGUGGAUCCUUUGAUGUGACGUCGGCCGCUCGCGCUCCGCGUCCUGGAGUCACGUCCGACGAAAAUGUAGCUGCGGGUCGUUCGCUGCGGUGGCUUUGUCUGUAAAAGGUGUUGCUGUCCGAACAAUGCGCGAAAGAUGUCUGACGUUGAGAGCACGUAUGCGGACUUCAUCGCCUCCGGCAGGACGGGCCGCCGGAACGCCCUGCACGACAUCCUGCAGAGUCCCACCGACCCUGACGGGCGAGAGCUGCCCCUCACCCUGUCUCUGUCCCAGCUGCACAUCAACGCUGGAGGAGGCGACGAAGAAGACGCAGAGGACAGCCGCAGCUCCUCCGCCUCGGCCCAGCGAGACACAGAAGAGAGGAACAGCUAAGCUGCCACGUCCCCCCUCCAGCAGACGGAGCGCCGCGGGACAGAUUAAAGUCUCCGUCGCAGUGGACCUGUUCGCUCGAAGCGGCCCGGCGGCUGGAGGCUAGAACCAUCGCCGUGGAUGCGCCUCCAAGCAGAGCCUUCGCCCCUGCUGAAGCGUCGAGACGCGAUCGCUCGGUGCUCCUUGCAAAGUGGAACGACUGAUGCUUUUCAGAGUGAGGAGUACACAAGUGGUAGUUUUUGCUUUUUUUGUUCUUUUCAAAAAACGACAUUUUGCUUUCAGACUCUUUGGUCCAACACACAUACACACAGGCUGAAGGACUAAAAGGACAGAGCAAAAGGAGCUCUGCAACAGUCAGAGCAGAUUGUAGGACCACUGAGACAUGCUGGUAUAACGGGUCACAGUGGGAGUAGCAUGUUUGUAGAAGCUGGUAGAGGCUGCAUAUCGCCAUUUAAUAGUUUGUGCUUCCUAUUAGCCGAUGUUGAAGCAGAGGGAUGUUGACUCAGCUGUAGCCGAACUGAAACACGGCGCUUUGGGGGAUCCAUCCAUGCCGACUUGUCUCCGCAUCCUUCAAAAUGCGUAUCUUUAUUUUUUACACGUUUACAGUAAUAAUGCAAGUAUUAUCACAGCCUUACAUGAGUAGUUUGUCAGGUUCGGAAAUGUGUUUAUUCGGUUUUGUGUUGCGUUAGAGGAGAAGAAAAGUCUUAGUGUUUUUGUCAAUUUUUGGAGAAGAAUCAAGCUGAUCGGUUCACAAAAGCAUAAGAACCCCACUGCUUUCACGAUUGCUUGAAGAUAAUAUAGCUGGUUAGAGGUGUCAGGUCAAGGUUCAGUCCCAUUUAAUGAAGAAAAAAUAAAGGAAAAUCAUAAUAAUAAUACUGUAAUUAAAAAAAAUACUUUUUCACAAUUUAUUCUGUCUAUCAACAAAAAAAUAUAUGCUUUUUUUUUUUUUUUGCACAAUCACCCUUAUAGUGCACAGACUCAUGAAUGCACUUUCAACUUUAAACAAAAUAAUGAAGCCUCUGUUCCUGUGUUACUGACCAGAAAUGAGACUCAGGGAAGUCAUUUUGUGUGCUAAAAACAUCCUAAUCCACAAAAAGGGCUAAUCUGUGACCUUCAAGGUGCUGACAGAAAGUUAAUUAUGCAACUAUCUGUGGUUGUGGCUUCGCCUUUCGAUACAUGUUAAUUUGCUUGAAGAACCUAUUGAUAUUCUUAGUUCACGAAGCUAAAAACUGCUCAUUAAAAGAGACAAAAUGCCACUGUGGUGUGUAGAUUGUGCUUCAGACCAUAAAUGGAUUUAGAGAAUUAUUUUUGCUUCUGUACACCCCACUGGGAUUUAAUGUAACCCAUUAAAUCCCAGUGGGGUCAGCAGUUCUUUUAGACUUCAACACCGACUGACUUCCGUUUCAACCCAAAGGAGUCGCCGCCUGCUGGCAGUAAGGGAGAAUGCGCUUUCAGGCCCAUCUGUACUACUGCCAUGUUAAAUUAGAAACGUUACCCCUAUGUUCCUCUUUCAUCCUUCGAGUCCUUUCUUUGCAUCUUUUUAUAGAUUUUUCUUUUGUUUUUUUCUCUACCGAUAUGCACAGUAAAAGUUACACAUACCCAAACAGCGGCCAUAAAAAGAAACACUUCCUUCUUCCUAAUAGGCAAUAAAACACAAUGUGAUUUUUUUCUUCUGACCUUUGAGACGCAAUUCACUUUAUUUUCAGGGUGAGUAGUCAUAUGUACAGCUAGAUUGUCUUUCCUGGUAGGACACUGUCCACACAUUUGGUUGUGUUUUUCCCUCCCACUGGCAGUUUAUGUCCACUUGUUUCCUGGUCCAAAGAGCAACACGUUUAAUUUCCAUUAUUUUAGAAGACAGGUGCAGAUGACGUCAGCUGCAAUGGUGUCCUUCUUCUUCUUCUUCUACUUCUUCUUCCUCUCACCAGUAAGCGCGGCGGCCCAAGACCGACAAACUACUCCCAAAUGUAAAUAUGCAACAGUCAGCAGAUCUUCCAGGAACACUAACUUGUGUGCGCGUUUGUGCGAAUGUUUGGCUGAGUCGCAUUCCUGCUCCUCUGUAUAUAAAUGUGAUAUCAGCUCAUUGUAUAAAUCGACCUGCAUGUGUCCUUCCACCCCCACACACACCACAGACACCCCUGCUUCACUACGGCUUCAACUCUGACUCCUUUGCCACGGCAAACUGUGGAGAGCAAACCCACUGCAGCUCUCAUGUCGUUUGAUUCGUGAGUCGUUUCCAGUUCUGCUCGUCGUGAUUCCACAUGUAGAGUAUUUGCAUGGUUUCCUCUUUCUGUCUGACUCUCUGUAAGUAUAUUUUCUAUUUCCUAUGUCAAACAAAGUUUAAUAAAUGAUCAAUGAAAGAAAAGA